CUCGCCACUGACUCGACGACGUUCCUUCCUGCUCCUCCUCCUACACUGUAAAGACUACCCAACAUGAGCGUGCUCGAGGACACCCCGGUCUCCCGCCGCCUGCGCAGCGUCAAGCACAUCAUCAUCGUCUGCUCCGGUAAAGGGGGCGUCGGCAAGUCCUCCGUCUCCACGCAGCUCGCGCUCUCCCUCCGCGCGUCCUCGCCCACGGCCCGCGUGGGCAUCCUCGACGUCGACCUCACGGGCCCGUCGAUCCCGCGCAUGCUCGGGCUCGACGGGCACCCGGUGCACCAGAGCAGCGACGGGUGGGUGCCCGUGUACGCGGACGGGAGCGCGGCGCGCCUCGCGUGCAUGUCCGUCGGCUUCCUGCUGAAGAAGAAGGAGGACUCGGUCGUGUGGCGCGGGCCGAAGAAGAACGCGAUGAUCAGGCAGUUCCUGAGCGACGUGCGCUGGGGCGAGCUCGACUACCUCGUCAUCGACACUCCGCCCGGCACGUCUGACGAACACCUCUCGCUGGUCGAGCACAUGGCCCCUGUGCACGCCCGAAUAUCCGCCGUGCUCGUGACGACGCCGCAGGCGGUCGCCCUGCUCGACGCCAUGAAAUGCCUCUCGUUCACGCGCGCGACAUCCAUCCCCGUGCUCGGCCUCGUCGAGAACAUGAGCGGGUACGUGUGCCCAUGCUGCGGCGAAGUGUCGAACGUGUUCUCCACUGGCGGCGGGGAGGAGAUGGCGCGCCGCGAGGGGCUCCCGUUUCUUGGGAGCCUCCCCGUCGACACGGAGCUCGUCACGCUGCUCGACGCGGCGGAGGCCGAGACGCCCGACGAGCUCGCGGCGCUGCCAGAGGGCGGGAGCAGACGGUCGUUCGGGCUGCUCGAGCGGUACGAGCGCACCCCAACCGCGCCGCUGUUCAAGAAAAUCGCGGACCAGAUUCUGGAGCGGCUCGCGGGCGAGCGCCAGGCUCCGUCAUGA